AUAAAUAAAUUAAAUUCAUUUCUUUCGUCAUCGAAUUUUCAAUUCAUAUGUUUAGAAACAUAAGUAUUUUUUUUUAAUUAUCUUAUUAUUAACGCAAUUUUUCUUUCAGAAAAUUUUUAUGAUCAUCCGCAAUGUGGUCGAUAGAGUCAGUGUUUUUUCGUAAUAUUUCGCAUUUUUAGAACACAAUAAGUCUUAAGUAAUUUAAAAUAAUCAUACGCGAAAUUAGAAUCAGUGUUUGUUCGUCGAUACAAUACGAAUAAAUAGUUUAUUAUUUUUAUUUUUUUAUUUUAAAAGUUCGUUUUCGGUAUAGAAUAUAGAAUCAGUGUUUCUUUCAAGAAAAUAAGACUAAUUAUCCAUCAUGCAAAGAGAAGUAGGAAAAUCACAAGCAGAAGCAUGGAUCUGCUCAGCGUAUCCUUUCGAUCGAUGGAUCUGGAGGCGAAGCCCCAACAAGAAGAUUUUCUCGAGUUGGAGGAACGGAGUAUCAUCGAGAAGGAAGAGUCGUCAGAGAAAUCGAGGCUAAUAUUGGAGGGCGAUGACGAAGAAUCGCUCGACGAUGAAGAGAAUUUGAUAAAGAAUUUGAGGACGAUCAAUUUGAACGAAGUUGCCUGGCACGAUACCGUCGACAGUUGUUGGAUCGUGAUUCAAGAUUUUGUGUACGAUUGCACGGAUUUCUUGAAAAGCCAUCCCGGUGGAUCUGACGUGAUACUCGAAUACGCUGGCAGAGAUGCGACCUUGGCCUUCAUUGGCACUGGACAUUCGUCCGCAGCGAUUCACAGCUUAAAGAGGUACCUCAUCGGUGAACUUCCGGUUGAGGAGAGGAUCUUUCGUGUACCGAAUGGCCUAAAAAUUUCUGCAUCUUAAUAUCCAUGUUUGGGUAUACGAAACGAAAGAAACUUUUUUUAUAUAAUAUAUUUUAUAAUUGAUUUAUAUUAAAUGUGUAUCGCGAUCUCGAUAUUCGAAGAUGAUUUUAAAUUGAAUUCGAUCUGAAUUUCGUUAAUCGAGUAGAAUUGGCCAUUGAGUUUAAUUAAUUGUGACGAUGUGGAUCUAAUUAUCGAUUAGAAAUAGGGGAGGGGAUCGAAAUUCAAAUUAAAGUUUUAAAAGGUGAUACGAAGUUUUAGUUUUACGAAGGAUUUUAUCGUUGCCGUCCUUUUUGUGCAUCAAAUGAAUACUAUAUUAAGUUUUUCAAGUUCCUUCUUCUUUUGGGCAUUUUUUUUUUUUUUUUUUUUUUAAUCGAUAAGAAACGAGAAAUGUUUCAUUUAAAUGGAUAUUAUAAUCCGAUAUAUUUAAUCUGAAGAUGAAAGUAAGCAUGAUAAUUGUGACACAGAUUUCUAUUCUCAUAAAAAUUCAUUCAUCACGAAAUCGAUAUUUUGAGAAGAAAGUGUGUUAUAAUAUUAAUAGUAAUAAUAUUUAAACAUUCGAUGAUAAUUUCGCAUUUUGCAUACAUACAAAUCAGAAUUUUAGAACUUUAGUUUCUCCGAGAUAUUUUAUUGUUUGAUAUUUCUUGUAUUUUUUUUUUAUUUCGCGAAUUAUUUAUAUUAAUUAUACGCGAAUUGAUAUUUGAAGUUGAAAUAUUUUUCAUAUCGUUAUACUAUACUUUAUCGCAUUUUAGCUAUUCAUAUUUACUAUUUAUCGCGAAUUUAUUUAGAAUGUAGAAAAUUUAAUACGUCGAUCACAGAUGACAUCGAUACUUGCAAUUUCAUUCACAUUCGAUUGAAAAACGUGACAUUUUUUUUUUUUUUUGAUAAUGGAAUUUGUAAUGUUUUAAAUUAUUUUUUUAUUCUCUUCAUUUCAUUUUUCUCUCGCAUCAUAAUAUUUAUAUUUUGCAUGUUACGAAAUGUUUAAUCGAACGUACAUAUCUCAAGCUCAAGAACAAAAAUAUUACAUGCGAAUUAACGUAGCAUGUUGAGUCAUCAAUCAUUUCUCCAAAUCACGAUACGUCGUGCAUUCAAACACGUGGAAAAAUAGAGAUCGACAAUUAAGACACUUUCUCUCUCACGAACGAUUUAUCGGCCCCAAAUCGGGCGCAUGAUUCAAAGUGGAAUUGAAAUGGCGAUAACGAAUCGGCUAUUGAUUAUCAUUCCGUUGGCGAACCGCUAAUAGAGGGCCAAUAUAUCCCCGAUUAAUCGGUGCAACAAUCGAGAGAAAACGCGGGAUUCAUACUUAAUUAUGGCGAUCUUUAUUCCUAAUUUUAACGCGGAUACGAUAACGAGAAAUUUAAUUAUUCCUCGUCGUCAAACUGUUGCAUCGUCCUGUAUCUCUUUUUAGAAUUAUGGAAUAUUAACUAUAAUACGAAUAAUAAUUCGAAAUAAAAUUUGUGCGACAUUAUUGAUGAUGUGUCAAUUUUUUCUUGGUAAUUGUAAACAUAGAUAUCUCUAUUAGGUCUCUCGUUGAUUUCAAAAUUCAAUCGAUUAUUGAAUGAGUGAAAGAUGAUAUCGAGGAAUGUUUAGAAAAUAGUAUGCUAAUAAAUUAUUCUGUCUGUAUGAUAA